AUGGCGCCCUCCUCCCCAACCUCAUCUGUGUCCUCGGAUGCAGGAGGCCCGACACUAGCAGGCAUCAAUUCAGACCUCAGGAGACUCACAGCAGCGAUGAUCACAAAACACGACCUACAAAUUCUUACCACUAAACUACAUGACUCCAUUGCUACCGCAGUGACGGCACUCCGAUCAGAUGCCGUGACCCCGCUGAUCAAACUAGGCCUCCCCUGAUUAAACCAGGGCCACAGACACAGCCCUCGCCUGACAGGGGGCAAUGCUCCUAACCCUCAGGAGAAGACUGAGGAACUAGAUAAUAGAAGCAGGCGCUCCAACAUCAGAAUACGCGGGGUACCUGAACCUCAGGGCGAGGAAGAUGUGGAAGGCCUCCUCACAGCGCUGUUCCAUCUGAUACUUGGAGACGGAGGCUCAGAUCAGAUCCGGUUUGACAGGGCGCACAGAGCAAUGCAUACCCGAACGAGCACCACGAGACCUAAUUUGCUAUCUCCACUCCUAUAAUCUCAAGGAGACGAUAAUGAGAAAGGCGAGGUCCUGUCCCACAUGGAGCUUUCAAGAAACAGAAGUGUCCAUAUACAACGACCUCUCGUGCUUGACGCUGGAGGCCUGCAGGGCUCUGAGGCCCAUCACCCAGGCACCUUGGGAUAAGAAUAUCCCCUACAAGUGGCCCGAGGAAGUACCGGCUUUUCUUCAGAAACUGGAACUGCGCCCAAUUCAAGUAACAAACUGGGUUCUGGACCCCCUUGGAUGCCCGCCCAGAACGGCCGCAAACAUCCCGCCGCCACCGCUGGUGCUCUCCAGCGAGACCACCACUCCGACAACACAGCCCAUGAUGGCUAGACGCCGGUCCACGUCUGGCAAUGACGGCGCCUGCUCCCGCGAGUUCAACUCACACCGUGGGGGCCCGGGCAUCGGGACCCCCGCUCAACUCGGAGAUCAGGUACGUCAGAGACCACAGCUCACGGCCCAACAUGGUGAUACAGCCCCCCAGGGACAUUAG